AAAUAAAUCAAUCGUAAUGAAACUUGGCGUUACAUCGGAACUAACGAGUGUUCCUGGAUGUUUCCGCCCGACCGUGUCAAAGACGAACCAAACACUUCAGUGCACAGACAGUUAGUGCACGUUGUAUUUUGUAUCAACACGGCUACCUGUGAUGUUUUUGUCACUGGUCCUUUACUCAUUACACCUCAUGUAUGUUCAACGCGGCUAGCGACCGAGACAACAGCUUCACCGGAAGAGCUAAAACUACCGCGAGGCUGAGCUCAGCUGUCAGUCAUGCUGCUGGUGGACCCUGGUCUGUACAUCGGCACUGCGGCUGACCUCAAUGACAGCCAGGCGCUGGCCGAUGCCGUUAUCACUCACAUCCUGUCUGUGGACUCUGUGGACCCCGCCCCCCUGGUUCCUGCAGAUGGGAACUUCCGCAGGAAGUGGAUCAAUGUUCUGGAUGAGGUAACCUCUGACCUUCUGAGUCACAUGGACGACUGCUUCCUGUUCAUUCGCGAGGCUGUGGAUGGAGGCAGGGCUGCACUCGUUCACUGCCAAGCAGGUCGGAGUCGCAGCGCCACCAUCGUUACUGCUUAUCUGAUGAAGAGAUACCAGCUGGGCUUCACUGAGGCUUACCACAGACUGAAGACUGUCAAACAGGAUGUACAGGUCAACCGUGGUUUUGAGGAGCAGUUGAGUCUGUACGAGUCUCUGCAGUGUGAAGUGGACACCUCCAGUCCUCUGUACAAACAGUACAGACUGACCAAGAUCACAGAGAAGUACCCUGAGUUGCAGCACAUUCCCAGGGAGCUGUUUGCCGCUGACCCCGCCCACUCCAGCUCCUCUGAAGUGUCCUAUCGUUGCAGGAAGUGCAGACGAGCUCUGUUCCGGGGCUCCAGUAUUCUCAGUCACCCAGUAGGAGAAGGAGCACCAGCCUUUGGUCACAAGAAGUCCAGUAAACUCACCAGAGACGUCCAGUGUACUUCUUACUUCAUUGAACCAGUGCAGUGGAUGGAACAAGCGUUACUUGGAGUUAUGGAUGGACAGCUGCUGUGUCCUAAGUGUAGCUCCAAGCUGGGCUCAUUCAGCUGGUGUGGUGACCAGUGUUCGUGCGGUCGAUGGGUCACUCCUGCCUUCCAGCUGCACCGCAACAGAGUGGACGAGAUCCAACAACUCAACAUAUAACACACACACUCAUACAUGAAUUCCACCCUCUACAGGCAGAAAAAGAGAUGGCGGACAGCUCAUCAACACGCAGUCAAGAAGAAUUGUAUGACUGAUAUUUUUUUUAAAUGUAACACUCAUCUUGCACCAGUUAAUAAAGACAUUUUGUACAGUGAGUGACCUGAAGACAAAGAAAAAGAUUACUGAAAGAUAUGGGUGACCGUGUAAUUCAAACCGGCUUGUACAGACUCUUACUCCAGUUGAUAGUUCAUGACACGU